AUGCACACGGCCAGUGUCUCGAACGGGGGUGGCGCGGCGGGUCCGACGUCAAUAGGACGCUCGAAGACUUGUGGUUCUUCUUCCGAUUUCCCCUCUUUUUCGCCUUCUCCCCUGCGUCUUGCCUGCACGCUGUCCAGUCUCAUCCUCCCCCUCGUCUCCCCGUCCGCUCCAAUACAAAAGUGCUCACUUCGGCUGUCUGCCACGGCUCCGGGGGCUGAGCGAAGGGGCGAGAAGAAGGCGAACGGGCCUUUAGAAAAGCGAGACGUGAGGCGCAGGAAGAGGGACAGAGCCACGCCCAGUGACCAGGCGCUUCUUCUGACAACUAGAACCCCGUUUGUGGACGGGAAGAACAGCAGAGAGAGCAUGUCUUUGCACAAGAAGGCGCGAGCAGCAGGUUCACCUUCUUACGAAAGUGACAGCGAAGAGACAGAGGCGGGGAAUCUCGAAUCAGCCGGAGGUUUGCAGGUUCGCAAUCUGGGGUCGUUGACCCAGAGGCCGGAUAGGAGACGCUCUGGGGGAAAGAAUUCUGUGAAAGAAAAGGCGGAAGAAACCAGCUGCCGCCAAGCACGCAAGGUCACCGGCGUCGCGAAUCUCACCCUGUGGCCGCAACCAAACAAAAGCCGGAGAGAGCGCGCCACGAGCGGACGCGGGGAAGAGGGUUUCUCGUGCGACGGGCGACCGCGUGCAAGGCCGACGGCCGUGAAGGGAGGUGACGCGGAGCUAGUGCGUGUCUCAGCCUUUCCACACGAGGAAGAAACGCGAGAUACUGUGCAGCUCAGCGAGGACCCGACAACGGAGAAGGGAAACGGGGCGGAUCCGAGGAGAAACAUGGACGACAGGGAGGCGCGUUCCAGCGGGAAGGAGAGGGAAGGCCAAGCCGGGAAAACAGGCUUUCCGUGUCUCUCUGUUUCGUCUUUUUGCCUCGCCAGACCAGCACCCAAGACACAAAGCGCAGAUGCCGGGCAUGCGGCGAGCAGACGGGGGAGCGAAAACGCGACGGAUACCGAGUUUCGAUUCUCAACAACCCACUUUGUCGCUGCGUGCGGAGCGCACCUGUCGCACGAGGCUGUUGCGGCUGCCAGCAAAACGCGAGAGGCGGAGAGUCCGUCCAGUCUAGAUGCUUUGAUGAGUCGCCAGAGCGGUGGCCUCGCAGUCGCUGAGGAUGACUCACGAGAGGGUCGGCCUCGCUUGCCAGCUGCGUCUGCGUGUGGAAGAGAGAAGGACACGGACGGAGAAGACAUGGCGCAAACCGUCAGUGCCUGCACAUCCUUAUCAACCCUUUCUUCCGUCGGCGAGAUGCCACACGACGAAUCGGUUUCGGCGUCCGUUGCUUUCGCUUCGUCUGUGUCUUCUGUCUCUUCUGUGGCCUCGGUUUCGAGUCAAAGUCAGAUGCGGCGCGCAGAGGCAGACGCUGCCACGCAGCGGGCGGGCAGUGCCGGGAAGGAGACGGAGGUGCGACAGGACUUCGAGGACGAACCGUUUUCUUCCUGCAUGAACCCAGGAGGAUUCGGAAACAGGGAAGGGAGCUGGGGCCGAGAGGCAGAAAGAGAAGGAGCAACGCGGGUUUCGUCCUUCGAGAGGAAGGCUCGAUCAGCGGCCAGCGCGACGGCCGAAGCCAGCAGUUGGGUGUUCGUACACAGGAGCGGCGAAGAGAUGGAGAGAGAACUGGAGAGCGAUGGAGAAAGACACGAAGAGAGGCAUCGACGGUUUCCUGCGACCCCUCCCGGCUCUGGAGACCACACUGCGUCCGGUUCGUCCGUCUCGUCUUUGCGUUCGGAGGCAGAGCGCGAGCAUGAGAGAAUGCUGAACCACGCCCUCUCCAUGCUUCGGUUUCUUCAGCGUCUCCACGACAAGACAAAAAAUCGUUUUCAGAGACGGACAGGUUUUGAGGAGGAAGCCGAGGCAACGCACGCGACCUCUCCGUUUUCUCUCUCUCUUCUGGCGCUUCACUCGCCGCAUGCUAGGAAGGAAAGGGACUCACGAGAAGCCAACGAGCUCGGCCACGCGAAGGCGACUGGAACCCGUGGCAGACCUGUGGCUGGCCCUUCUUCGUCUCUCGCUUUUGCUUCCCCGUCCUCCGGUUUCCCUUCUUCUCGCCGUUUCUCUCGAGGGGCAACUGGCGAGGAAGAACCAUGCGCGAGGAGAGGGAAAGAAACAGGCGCCUCCUGCUCAGUCUGCGUGGGCGACGUCGGGAAGAGAACCCGAAUCCCCAAAGAGACUGCAGAGAAGCUGGAGAGGUUCUACUCUCUCUUUGAACAGCGGCGUGCCAGGCGCACUCCGGGCUCCUCGGUCGCUUCCUCUUCCCAGCAGCUAGGAGGCGAGAGUCCUCGCUUUCCUGCCUCUAGGACGGAGGGUUUCGAGGGAGAUACAGGCGAGAGCCGGCCAGAGGUGGAGUUCGCGGGGAGUCGAAACGGCGCUGAAGAGUCCAAGUCACACUCCAGUGUCGGUACAGCUGGCGGAGACCCACACGGCGUGAGUGGCGGCGACACCGCUUCUUUGCCUCUUGGGGCCGGAGGCGCGCCAUGUGUGAGGAACGUAGGAGAUGCGGAAGAGCCCAAGUCCUGCCAUGUGAGAGCACCCUGGCGUCCGCUUCUGUUGCGCACUGCCGAGAAUGGCCAGGAAGUCGCGGAAAACGGGGGAAAUGGGGAAAACGGAGAAAAAGGGAUUAUGCCCCCCGGCGUCGGGACAGCGUCGCCUUCCAGCGCUCCAGAGAGGACGUUUUCAACUCACGGAAAUGUGUCUUUCGAGCCGACCGACGCGUUCGUUUCCUUGCCUCCCUCCGGUCGUUUGAGGGGCGGUCGCCGCACGUUCACCUCGACGCGAGAAUCUGUUUUCCGCGGCGGGAGCUGCCGCGAUUGGAAAGAGCGGAAGAGAGAAGAGACUGUCUCCUCACGAGGACGCGAGCGGGCCGCAAGGAACAGGCGCGUUGCCUCCUCUCCGGUCGCUUCUCCUGCUUCUCCUCUCUCUCGGCGUCUCGUGAGGACUUCCACGGAGGGUCCCGCGUGGGGCAGCGCAGGCGUCAGUGCCCGGGGCAGGCGACUUGGGCCUCCAGUCGCGGUGGGGGCCCUCGGGAGCGCACCGGCGCGGCUCAGCGUCAACGGAGACACGGAGACAGCGAGGGCCUUUGAUGUCGGCGACGAAGCGGUCGGGGGGGGUCUGACGCCCUCAGGAGGCGCACAGGGGAACACCAGAGUGAGAGGGAGCGGACGAGAGACGCUCCGCGAGCAAGCGAAGGAAACGACGCACACGAGCGAAAGACCGGGAGGCGACGAGAAGGCGAAGGAGGGUGAGAGGAAGCGAGUGAGGGGCGUGAAUCGCGAGGAGGCGCAUCCAGCGAGGACGGAGACGAAGGUGGAAGACGCAAAGGAGAAGGUCGAGGACACGCCGGAGAGGAAAGAAAGCGGGACGGAAGGCAAGGAUGGAGCCCGAGAGCAGAGCGAGAGGGAGGGAGGCCCGCGUGUUAUGCGGGAGAAGGAGAAAACGAGAGUUGACACCGACGGAGAACCUCCAGAGAAGGUCGAGGCUGAAGUAUCCACGCUGCCCGAGAGUGAAGAAGAGGAAACAUUUCACUUGACGGGAGUUAGAGGAGAUACAGGCAGUCCCAGAGCACAAGGAGGAAAGGAAAAAGCUGGAGCUGAGACUUCAAACGGGAAGCGAGAGCGCGCAGUGGAGGCGAACGGCCCGGAGAAGACGGCACGUGAGAGCAGGCCUUUCGACUCGUCGCAGGGUCAAAGCAGGCUCCAGGGUGUGGUGGAAGAGGAGACCCCCUCUUCUCGAGAAGAAGCCGAGGAGACAGAAGGGACGAAACUCGAGGGGGAGGUGGGAGAGGAGGGAAAAGGAGACACAGGCAAGCUGGUCGAGUCGAGGAACUUGAAUGGAACUCCGAAACUGGCGAAGACCGUCCCGGCGGGUCUGCUGGAGAAGGGAGUGGAAACCGUCAGCCAGUCGAACGCUGACGUGUCUCGCUCUUUGCGGUAUGAGGAAGAAGAUCAACGAGGCAAAUCAACAGAGAAGACAAGCGUGUGUGAACAGAUGCUUCUGCAAGAUGCCGAGGCCCAUCCAAACGCCAAGCGAGGAGGACCGGCGAAGGAAGAACAAGCGACUCAACGCGAAGAGUCUCCGCAUGCCACGAGACAUGAAAGCGCUGCUUUGAGAAGUGCCGUUGCCGCGUGUUCGCUUCCUUCAUCGGCUUCACCUGGAAGGAAGCGGGAAGAGGCAGGACAGGAGGACCCGGAGACAGAGAAGAGGUGGGAACGCGUGCACCUGUGCUUGCCUCAUGCGCCUCAGGAGCCGGGAUUUACUCCUCCGCCUGCCGACGGUCUCUCAGAGCCGCUUCCGCCUUCUGAUUCUUGUCAGUGUGCCGCGUCGCCCGCUCGUCCAGUGCCGUCGACGGAAAGCGCUCGCUCGCAUGCAGCGGAGACAGAAAAGGAAGUUCCGAAGGCGCGCGCUGCCCCGGGCCCUGGCGGCGACGAGAGGAGGCGGGAUCCACAGCAUCACAAGUCGUGCGAUACCGGACAGGGAGCGACGGGUGGAGGCUGCGGAGCGGGAGGGCGGCAGUCAGCGAACUCCGCGCAAGGCCGGGGACCACGCGGACAAGGAGCGCCAGGUGGAGGUGUACGUAUACCCGAACUCAUCGUCCGCUGGACAGAACCCGGUGCGGAAGUCGUUGAGUGGACGAGUGCGACGAAACGGGAAGACGGAGAUCUCCCCUCCUUGCGAGACGCCGAGGCGCCCCCAUCGUCCUCCGAAGCGGACUCCACGGCGCCGGUUUGGGUCGCGGCUGCGAGCGGCGACGGCCUCGCAGUUUUGCACCUUCAGUUCAAGUUCAUUGUCGAUGGCGAGUGGAGAUGCAGCCACGCGUUCCCCGUACGAGAUGACGGCAACGGCAACCUGAACAACGUCGCGGCCCUCUUUCGAUGUCGACCGCCCUCCAAGUCGGGCGCCGCCUCGCGCCUUGAUGCAGGCUGCGCGUCCCGCGAGGCCUCCCUUGGGCUGCGUCCGACGACUUACAACCCGUCGCGUUCGCCGGCUUCUUUUCCGCCGGCUGCUGAGUCUUGGGAAGUCUCCUACCGGAGCUCUUCCUUCUUCUCGCCGACGCUGCAGCUGUCUUCUGCGCUCGCCAUGUCUUCCGCUUGCUUCUACCCGAACUUUGACGAAACACUCAGGAAACUUGAAUCCGAGGGAGAGUCGCAGCACGCGAGACAGAGAAACCGGUUCGUCUUCUACUCGUACGACCGCUGCUUAGUCGACGCCUGCACUUCUUGCGAAGAGGACGAGACGCGAGAAGACUGCUCCUCGCGAGUGGAAAAAGGAACGCAAACACAGAAGGCGAACGAGAUGCCGCAGCCACGAGACAGCCCCAGACGUGACACGGUGAGGCUGCCUCCCCACAAAAAUACCAUGCAGUCUCUUCCCUCUCCUUCUCCCUCUCCUUCUCCCUCUCCUUCUCCCUCUCCUUCUCUCUAUCCUUCUCUCUCUCCUUCUCCCUCUCCUUCUUCCUCUUCUCACUCUGCUGCCUUGUCUUUUGCCAGUACGGCGGAGCGAGGGACAACUUUGGGGUCUGUUGCGCGGGGCCUUCUCGGGGGAGGUUUCAACGUCCAGCUUCUGUACCACGGCCUGUCGCCGUUGUUUUCCCUUUCUUCUUCGCCUCUCUCGGUCGCCGCCAGUGUGUCCGGGAGCGCAGCUUCUUCCGAUGUCUCGGAGGCGAAUGGCCGCAGGCGCCCCGCCGCUUCCUCCUCUUCCUCCUCUUCCUCCUCUUCCUCCGCUUCCUCCUCUUCCUCCGCUUCCUCUGCUUCCUCCUCUUCCUCCGCUUCCUCCGCUUCCUCUGGCGCUCCCACACGCGAGCUUUCACCUGCCUGCAUGCACCAGCUGUGUGCGCGUUCAUCGCGAGAGGGGGGGGAAGAGAAGGAGCCACUGCGGAGUGCGGGCUCGCAGGGCAGGCACACACCGAGCUCGCGCUCUCAGAGGCGGGAGAGGCAAGUCCCAGAAGACGGGAAUACUCCCGCGCCUCCGUCGUGCGCUGGCGACAGAGACGUCGGAGGGGCUGCAGGCGGCCGAGCCCGAGCAAGCGAGAGAGGCUGUUCAGGGUCCGCAACGGCCUGGGGAAGGCAAUGUCGGCGGGAGCCCGACGGGAUAGCGGGAGACACACGCGGGGCGGGGCACCUUUCUCAGGGGGAGGAAGGAGAGCGCGAACGUGCGCUAUUCCACGAGGCCACGAUGUCGGGGUGUUCCAAGCCACGCAGAGGCCGACAAGAGGAAGGAGCGACGGACGGGCGCCAGGCGAUGGGCGCAGACGAGGGCGCCGGCGGUGUUGGCGACGGGAAGACGACGAGAAACGGGGCUCACGCGCCUUCGCUUUCGCACGCCCUCCGCCACGCGCGUCCUCUGCCCUCGCCGGAAGCGGCAAGCGCUUCUCCCCCGUGCUCUUCUGUUUCCUCUCCGAAGGCGUCCGGCGUCUUCGCUUCGUUCUGUGCAUCUGCCUUGUCCUCGACUUCUUUUCCGUCCUCUCCGCUGCAUGCGUCUCUGGCUUCGCUCGAGGCCGCAGCCUCUCUGAAGGCUGCGCUGAGCAGCGUCGCUGGCGCGAGUCCCGCGCAUGCAGAAGCUGCCGGGCGAGCUUCGGCGUCAGAGGCCGUCGGCAGUCUCCGUUCUCCGAAAACUCGCCCUUCCACUGUCUCUCUGGGCCCAGGCGGCGUCUUCCGCUCUGUCUCCGCUUCUGAGCGAGGGUCUGUGCCGCUCCGCGGAACGCCCCAGGGUGACGGCUCCACGCGCAGAGGCACGACCACGCAGGAGUCGACAUGGCCAGCGCAAGUGCUGGCGCACCUCCACGGGCCCGAGAUUCUCCUCGAGCUCACCCAGGCGCAUGCAGAGCGAGAAAAAACCGGCGGGGACUUGGCGCAGUGGAGGCCAGGCUCGAGGCGACGCAGACUAACGGACGGGAAGGGCGGAGACGAAGACACCUGUGAAGACGGCACGCACGCCAGGGCGGCGAGGACGCGCGAAGCGCUCCAGACAGCAGAACACCAGGAAGACAGCGAAGAAAGCGGCGAAGAAAGCGGCGAAGAAAGCAGGGAGGAGAGCAGAGAGGAGAGCGCCUCUGGUUUCGAAGAGAGACGGGCGCAGCGCCUGUGUCUCCAGUGCGGGGCCUACAUGCUUCCGCAUCCUGACAAGCUGGAGAGUGGAGGAGCAGACGCGUUUUUCAUUGCGUCGGGUCCAGGCGACGCUCGGCUUACCGAGCAGAUCUCUUCGCUCAUUCCUGAGGUGGGGAACAAGAGUCUCUCCGGCUCGCACUCCACGUCACCCUUCGCGGCACCGCCCCGAAGCAGAGACACGAGGGGCGUGAGCACGGCGGCGGCCGCCGUCUGCGUGGGAGUCGCAGAUGGCGUCGGCGAAUGGGAAAGCUUCGGCCUCAACCCGCGCAUGUUUGCGGAGGAGUUGAUGGUCGGCUGUUGGCGAGCCGCGGUCGCGGAGCCUUGGUUCCGCGACUUCCAGGACGCAGAGGCAGCCGGUGGGAGAGCAGAGGGACUGGCGUCGCCCCGCGGCGAGCAAACCGGAGACGGACGAGGCCGUGGAGGAACCGGGGGUGGAGCCGUGCGGAGAAGCGGAGAGGCCGAGACAGCGGCGGAGAGAGGAGCAGAGAGAGCGUCGUCGCUCGCGUUCUCGCAGGGGCCUCGGGGCGGAGACGGCUCGAGGCCAGCCUCGCCCUCUUCGCCGCCUGUUGGCGAGGCUGCAUGCAGUGACCCGCCUCUUACAGAGAGUGUCGGCGAGGGGAAAGGCGAGGACGCGGGCGCGCGGGGGAAGCGGCCGUGUCCGCGCUCGCCCGAGGGCUUCUCUCCGUCGCCGCCGGUCUCCUGUGUGUCUGCCGAUUUGCCUGCGACGCCCACUUCGUGUGUGGCGUCGUCUGAGGGGGCGGUGUCCGGCGGGCGCGUGGACGAAGCAGCCAGGAAGGCGCUCCGCAUUUUGAGGGAAGGAUUCAAGGAGGCGCGCAGCUUCGGCAGCUCGACAGCCCUCGUGGUGUGUCUGGACGGCUUGAGGGGGCGUCUCGGCAUCGCGAGUUUGGGCGACAGCGCGAUGAUGGUCCUGCGUCGAGAGCAUCGCCUCUGCCGCAUGACGUGUGCGCAUCGGUCCCAGGAGCAGCAACACCAGUUCAACUGUCCCUUCCAGCUCUCCUGCUUGCCUCGGCCAAGCGAGUACCAGGCCCUCGCUGCGCAGGGGAAAGAGACGCUGGUUCGCGUCUUGCGAAACGCCACCAUGCUCCCGCAAGACACUCCUGACAUGGCCCAGGCGUACUCCGUCCACGCCCAGGAGGGUGACCUUGUGCUUCUCGGCACAGACGGCGUCUUCGACAACCUGUUCGACUACGAAAUCUGCGCCCUGGCGAACCUCGCGCUCAGUCCCUACGAGGCAGAAGUCCUCGGGGACACCGCCCGAGCCACGAGCGCACAGGCGGUCGCCGCCGCCGUCGCCGAAGCUGCUGCCUACAAAAGCCGCAGCCCCCUGGCGAAGACGCCGUUCAUGAAACACGCGCGGCGAGCCAACACACACUUUAUGGGCGGCAAGAUGGACGACAUUACCGUUGUUGCUUGCUGGGUGACUCGUGGGGAAGAGGUCGAGGGUAGAGCCGAACGCGCCAGCAUCUGA